CUUUCCGUUUGUCUCUCUCUCUCUCUCUCUCUCUCUCUCUCUCUCUCUUCGAUUCUUCAAGCUCGAGCUCCAAUGGAGGCGGAGCCCAUCCCCUCCUCGCCGACCAUCUCCUCCGUGUCCUCCUCCGAUCUCGACACCGAGUCCACGGGCUCCUUCUUCCCCGAUCGGAGCACCUCUCUCGGCACUCUCAUGGGCGUGUCCUUUCCCGAACCUCCCGUCCGUCUCCCCUCUCGCCGGGUCCCAACCGGCGACGCCGCUAGGCGAGCUGCCCCUCCUCCAGCCCCCCAUCACCGUCGUCUCCGCCAUCGGCGGCGGCGCAGAUGGUGGCGCCUUUGCCGUGAUGAAUCAGCUCACACCUCCCUCGGCGAGUUCCUCCAGGUCGAGCGCCGCCUCGCCGAAGCAUCUUCCGGUCACGGCCAUUUCCUUUACGGCGGCGUGGCUCCGGAGCACGAGGCGGUUGGCGGUGGGCCGUUGUUCGAAAACGGGCGUGUCCUCCCGCCGCAGGACGCCAGGGGGCAACGUGCCAGGCCUGGGCACCCGCCGCCGGCGGGAUCCGCUAUUAGGUUUCCGGUGCUGCUCACCGGGAUCUGCAGCGGCGGCGAAGGACUCAGAAAGAGUAGAUAGAGUCAUGCAAUGUAAGCAAGUGAAUAGAAAAGGGUCUCACGAGUACUCUGGGGAAUCCUUUUCUAAGGGUAACCACAUGAUAGAUGGAGACAUAAAGGACACAGUGUCUGGUUCUUAUUUUGUCCUGCAUUUAUGUAGUCCUUUCUGGUUGGAACCCACAAACUGUUUAGGUUCAUUAUUAAGCUUCCCUUACCCACUCCGUGCACGUUGUAUGGACCAUUUAACUUUUACAUUAUAUUCACAAAUAUUGUGUGAACUUCUUGAAA